CUUCAUGCCACCCAUUGCAGAGCCAAUCAAAACUCCACAUUUGGCUUUGUUAAACUCAGCCAUUACUUCAUCAGAAGUUACACCACCAUCAGCCAAAGCUUUCUUACCAGCAGUGAGAAGAUAGAGCAUGAACUUGUCCAUCCGUUUGGAAAGCUUUGGAGCAACCCAUCCUUCAGUUGAGAAUGAUUUGAUCUCUCCAGCAAUUCUCUUAUCAAAGGUAAAAAGGAAAGAUAUUUAAGUACAUGGAGACACCCAAAGCUUCCAAGAAAGCCUGAUAUAAUAAUAUUUGCUUAUUACCGUAGGGAACUCGGAACAAUCAAAAUUCUCAAUCUGGCUACCCAAGUCCUCCCACUGAAAUACAAGUUUGAAUUCAAAUUAAAAGUGUGAAACUUUAAGUUCAUAAAACAUUAACACAGCUCUCUACCAUUGCCAAAUCUCAAAAAAAAAUAAAAAUCAUUUUCAUUGAAGCCACUAUGUAAGGGAGAUAUAAAGAUGAUGUAAUGAUACGAGUUUAACCAAUCUAAGUCCAUCCAUCUAACACGAAAAAUUUGAAUACUAAACUAUAUAUAUGAUUGAAUCUGAAGAAAGCUCAAAACAGAGCAAAACAUGGGAAGAGAUAUACAAACCGAUUCGAGAUCUGGAGAUGAAGAAGAUCUCCGUAGACAAUAAGAAAUCAAUCACAUUCCAAAAAUUAGCAAUCUUCAUCUCUCAUACCUGACACAGAGAAAUCAAUCAAGCAGCUGCGGAAGGAAUCAUCCCAGCUUUUCUCGCAUACGCAAUGAUACCACCAGCAUCAACCACAGGCCCGACAUCACCAAUCGCCUUAAGCCUAUACUCCUUCCCCGUCAUAUGAUUAAUCAAAACAUUCUCCCCUUCCCUUAAGAUCCUUGCGUACGACUGCGCCACCACCGCCUUUCGUAACCCUAAUCUAACAUCUCAGCACGAGAAUUGCGCUUCUCCUCUUCGGUUAGCUUCACCGAAACUCCAAACCUCUCAGCAUGUCGAAUCUUCUUCUGAACAUCAUCCACCGGAGAAGAUACAUCAUCCCCUGCCGCCCACGAUCCAACAGCCUUGGUGUCAGGUUCUUCUUUCUUCUCACCACAAACAACAGAGAGAGCCGGAGUCAUCGACCUUUCGCGAGAGAAGGAGAAAAGUUGAUCCGUCGAGAGAGAGAGAAAGAAACGUGAAUGUUUGAUGCCACAUGUUCCUAAGGACACGACCAAAAAAGUUCUUAACCGGGGACUUUCAUCUUUCGUCCCAAGCAUUAUUAGGCCUUUUUCAUUUAAUUUAAAUCCCAAAAAGGCUAAGAUAUCGGUCCAGGGACACCGAUAUUCAUGCUCUUAUAGUUUACGUGAAUAUGAUCUCUCCUUGUUGAAAUUUAUGGAGGUGGCGGCAAAUCAACAGUUCCAAGAAACAGAAAAUUAGACAUCCACUGAUAUUAUUCCCUCACACUCAUCUUUCUUGUACACUAUAAAUACUUCUAAACCCUACGCUAAACUUUAUCAUGAUCAUCAUAUUAAAUACAUAUAGAGAUUUAUAUAUUCGUGCUACGAUUACAUAAAUCAUGGUGAUUGCUAAGAACCGCACAGAGCACUACGUAGUAUUGGUCCUUGUUCUGAUAAAUAUGGUGGGAUCAGUGUUACUAGCCACUGAAGGACGACCGGUCAAGUAUAGUUCGACAGCUUUGACCCAGUUAAGAGAUUCACCUGUGUACAAUGGAAGCGUAAUGUCUAAGCUUAAACCAGUUGAGUCAUCUGCACAAGAUGUUUCUUGGCUAGCCACGGUGAAGCAGUCCGGACCAAGCCCAGGGGUUGGUCAUCAUCGAGCCAAAGGAUACAAGACCUUUGGACGAGUCAGAGACGAAUCUGGUCCUAGUCCUGGUGUUGGACACUAAAGAACAAGGCCUACAAAUUUAAAUUAUAAGAAUAUAUAUGCAGAUAUAAUAACUUUACCAUGUUUUAGUAGCCUUUAAGAUGUAACCUUCUUCCAAUUUUUAUGUUUUUCUCCUUUUACUCUUAUCUUGUCUCUAUUCUCUACGUAAUAAUCAUAUAACCAAGCUUUUAUUAUGUUUUCUACAUAUUUCCUAACGACAAUUUGACAGAGGUAUUCAACACAACGAUAUGCAUUGCGAUUUGCCUAAGAGAAUUCUUCUUUAGUUUCAAGCAAAAUGCAAAUAUUACAAUUGAGCAGAAAAUGAGAUUUUGGCAAAAAAAAUGUGAUUUUGAGGUUGUGACAGAAAAAAUGUAAUUUGACAGUGUCAACAGGAAAGAUGUAUUUGCAAUUUAGUGAGAAAAUACGAUUAGGCAGUUCUGGAAGAAAAUAUAAAUUUGUAGUUUUGGCAUGAAAAUGAGGGUUUGCAGUUUUUUAGGAGAAAUGCAAUUUUUGGUAGGAGGAAAAAUAUGAUUAUUUAAAUUUUGGGGAAAGUGUGAUAUUUGUGACAGAAAGUGUGAUAUUUGUGACAGAAAAUGUAAUUUUAUUAUUUUGGCGAAAAAAUUUAUUUAUAUCAUAAUUAUUUAUUUAUCUUAAACUUGGAUCUAAAUAUUUUAUUUGGACAUGAAUGAAUUUCUCGUUUGUUAUUUUUGACAAGUUCAUCAUUAUUCAGAUGCACCAAUUAGUUUUAUCUGAAUGAUAUAUAAUUUUUGACUAAAAUUUUAAAAUGUAUUUGGUUGAAUCAUUUGGAUGAUGUUCAUUUUGUGUCAAAGUGAACAUCAUCAAUUCUCAUCUUUGUGACUAUUCGGAUAGAUAAACGAACAUACCCUAAGCUGAGUGCUAGAAGGAUUCAAACUAAAGAUGGAGGAAAGCCAUUAAAUCCGUACGACCACUUGUUGAGACUGGGGGGCCACUACUGGUCAAUAACUGCAAGCUUGCAACGUAGUGUGAGCUAUCCUUAAAUUUGAUGUAGGUAAAACUCUUAAUUAUUUAUGUUCCCAAAGAUUUGAUAAUUUCAGGAAGCCAAAUACAGUACGUCUAAUCCGUAGUAUAAGUAAGAAAAUGCAUGUAAUGAUGAUAUUAUAUGGUCACUGUAUAUAUUAAUAUCUUGAUAUUAAUACAACCACAUGUUACAACCUUUGAGAUUAAAGUUCGUAAAUCUUGUGAGUUGUAAGAAAAAAACACCAGCAAAGAUGGCAAGCAAAAUUUGGAAAAUGAUGGCAAGCAAAAUUUGGAUUUGAAAAUUUUGGAAAAUGACACAAAUCUUUCCAUUGUGGAAAAAGGCAAAAGUUUUAGGCCCUUUAGAUUUUAAUUAAAAAAAUUUAAAAGAUUUUCACACUAAAAAAAUUGAAGUUUUACAUGAAAACAACAGAAAUUAAAAAUAAGAAAAUACAACAAUAGAGAAAAUUAUCUAUGGGCUCGAAUAAAAAUAGUUCGAAUGACCUAACUCACAAAAAGCACAGACCAACAACUUCUGAAACCUUAGAGCUCCACUUGAGACAGAACCCAUGCACACACCCGCUCGGAACGAGGAUCACCAAGGCCACCAUGAAGCUAAAAGGACUGGAAACACCAGAAAGAUUGGUACAAGAGCACAUCUACAGAACAUCUACCUGAAAGAACACAAAACAACAAAUCGAAACGGAGCACUACGAAUGGGAAGACUCGUCGAGAGGAGGAAGGAGGUGGUGUUGCUGAUCCGAUCAGAACCUCAUGAGGACACAAACAAGGAAAGAGACAUGAAGUCCAAGAGGAAGCAUAGACCAAUAUCUCGUCCUCCAAAGAACUGGAUGCAUGACCGUCGCUGAAGAGCCACCACCUACUUGAAACCAGAAACAUCAAGAGCAAACGAGCACUGCCUCAUGAAACCAUCGAGAGGCCCUUUGAAACUCAAAGAUGAAGCGCCGGCCAAAAAAUAAAAGGGGAGAGACCCCCUUCGCACCGACACCGGUGAGAGCAGCAAACACGUGAGGAAUCGAAAUUGGAACUGAAAAGUUUUGUGAUUUAGAGAGAGGUUGGAGAGAAACUAGAAAAGAUAGAAUUUUUACUUAAUAAAAUUUAGGGCCCCUUAUUUAUUUAAUUCAUUACUAGUUGAGUGUUAUAAAUAUCUGCAUACAUAUAUUUGGAGUUUGAUAAGUCUUAUAAUUUUUUCUUCAUUUUAGUUUGGACUCAUCUUAUAAACUUCAGUUAUAAACACAUUCAUGAUAUCUUCCAUUUUAGUUGUUUGUAAACAUACCAGAUAUUUUUAUGAAGAGACCAUUUUUAAAAAAAAAUGUUGUUGACAAAAAAAAAUUCUUAGUUAUUGUAAAAAAAUUGUUUUAGGACCCUAAAAAUUUUCUCGGGGCAGUGAAGUUUUCUCAUCUCCAUAAAAUAGUACGAACAGAAUUAACUAUUCAUAUCUUUGUCAUAAGAUUUUUUUUUUUUGCGUAUAGGUUUUGUAGUAGGCUGGAACACUAGUUAUUUUGGUUAUUUAUUUGUGAUAACGCAAUGGAUCAUUAUACUACUAAUUUCACUUUUCUAAUAAAAAACAAGUUUACAUUUAAGUUUUUAUAAAUCUAUGAAUUAUUAAUCGUUCGUUAUAAGUUACAACGUAUACUAUUCUUCUUCAGAGAUAUCUAGAACUUAAUGUAUUCAACCAUGUGGUUAUCCAAUGUUUAAUUAAAGUGUACAUGUUGUAAAAAGAACCUUUCCAUACUCUCUCUCUCAGUCUUAUCUUUCUUUCGUAGGCGACCAUAAGUCUAUUCUUCUUUCGCAUGUGUCUUCCUUCCAUUAUAUUCUUAUAUUCCCGGUUUCUUGAUUUCAUUGUUCUGGUGAUGCUAUGUUGAGGUAGUUCUUGGUUGUUUUAGCACCGGUGUUUCAUUGGUUUUGUGUUGAAUCGUUUCACUGGUUCAUCCCUUCAUUCUAAAGCUUACCUAGCUCCAGUUUUUGGAGUGGGCGAUUGCCGAGGUUUAUGGAGAGUCUGAUGCGCCUCUGAUCGUAGAUCCGAGCCAGAAUAAUGCAACCAUGGUCGAGCUGAAUCAAAGUGAUACUUAUCUAGCUGAGCUGGAUAAUCUGAAUAAUCAAGAAAGCUGGAAUGACAUUAUCCUAGACGAGCCUAGCUGGACUAACACUCACCUGGACGAGCUGAACAAGUUGGUUCGAUCUUCUGAGCUGGUUCGACCACCCGAGCUGGUUUGGUCCCCCGAUUUCCAACCAUUGACCAUGAUUGUUUCUUAUGUUCAAACAAGUGAAGACUCAAGGCCAAAGGUGUUUUAUCAGUCCAAAAACGUUCAGGAAAGAUUGGGCCUUAUUAUUUUCACUCCAUCAACAAAAUAGACUUCUUUGGGCUGAGAAAAUGAUCCAAACAAAUUCACUUUAUUUUGGAUGAAGCUAAAAUUCGACCAGGUCCUAUAUCAAAAUGUUUCUGAUCCAUUCUCAUUAAGAAUACCAAAGGGAAGUCAGCAAGAAAGUCUUAGUCGUGCAUGGGAAAAAGAAUUCCACAAAAAUCAUUAAUUUCGGUCUUUAGUCAAAGUCUUCAUUUCUAGUUUUUAUGUUUCUUGUUUUUAGCACAAUAAUUCUUGUUUUCUACAACCUGUAACCUAUUUAAUCAGGCCUAAGAGCCACGAAAUAAAUCAUUCAUUUUCCUUUUUUAUUUGAAUUUAUCUCUUUGUUCUUUGCUUAGAACACUUUUCGUUUCUUGGUGAAAUUUUCUCAGAGUAAACAAAUAUUUCUUUUGUUGGACUUGUGCGUCACAUAAAGCAACAAUCGAAAUCUGGUAGUAUCAAGAGACUUUCUGCUCCUCUUGUGUCACCAUUCAAUCCAUCAGUUCUCAUUCAAAACGUCUGAGUUCAUAUCCAAGUCCGGCUGAGUGAUCAUUCCCUAAUUUGGGUGUAUCAAGUGGUAUCAGAGCCACUCAACCAGUACUAUCUAUUCAUUUUCUCAUAUUCUAUUUUCUAAACACUUCUUCUUCUACUUUCUAUUUCAAAUCUGGGCCACUACCUUUUCUAUUGUCAUCUAAACAAAAAAAGAUCGAUUAAAAGAAAAGAAACAAAGUUUGAUUUUGGCUAUGUGGUGGAAGAGAAAUUCUGCUGGCUGAGAAGAAAUCUAACCUUGGAGUGGUUAACAGGGAUUUCACAAAUCAAAUCUCUUAUCUUUCUAUUUUUUGUUAAUCCCUUGUUACUUGGAGAUUCCAUUAGGUUACUUUGAUUUGUUCUCUUAAAACAUUGAGAAAAGACAUUUGAGUGACCACUAAAUUUCUGAGAGAAACACUUGUGUGAAUGAGAUUAAACACUUGAGAGUGUAAAGAUUUUUAUCUAUUAACCUUUUGUGUUGAGUAUUUUCAGGGAUAAGAUGUUUGGUCUUCACAUGAAAAAUAGCAAAGCAACAUCCCAACGACAAGCUAUUUUUCAAUCUUCAUAUGAGAAGCCUAACAAGAGGUGCAGAGAGCAGUUUAAACCAUCUAGAGAUGAAGCUGAUCAAAGGAAGCUUUUCCGCCAUUUUGAUGUGAGUUUUGUUACAACUUUGAGAAGGAAAUGAUUAAAGGACUUAAGGACGUCAGCAAGAACCAAAUGAUGAGCACAACCACAUGUACACUUGUAGCUGAACAACCAAUAUUCAUAAGUGAAAAAUCCAAAGGUAAAUCUGAAAACAACCUUGAAGAGCGAAAUUUUUUUUCAGAUUCUUUACCCAUUUUUAAUGAAUAUGAUGAAGAGCUGAUGGACAGUUUGAUGAUUUGUGAGGAUACUUGUGAUCUUCUUUUUCUUGAAUCUGAUUUGGUGAUUAAUAAUGAACAGACUAUUGCAGAACUAACCUUUUUGCAACCGGAGCAUUCGAAUAGUCUUAUUCUAUUUUCACAGGAAUUUGAGGAAGAGCCAUUCGACUACUCACAUCAAGAACCGCUUCUUGGCACAAGGAAACCCUUGGAAGACUCAAGGCCAAAGGUGUUUUAUCAGUCCAAAGACGUUCAUGAAAGAUUGGGUCUUAUUAUUUUCAUUGCAUAAACAAAACACACUUCUUUGGGCCGAGAAAAUGAUCCAAACAAAUUCAAUUUGUUUUGGAUGAAGCUAAAAUUUGACCAUGUCCUAUAUCAAAAUGUUUCAGAUCCAUACUCAUCAUGAAUACCAAGGGGGAGUCAGCAAGGAAGUCUUGGUCGUGCAUGAGAAAAAAAAUUCAACAAAAAUCAUUAAUUCCGGUCUUUAGUCAAUGUCUUCAUUUCUAGUUUCUAUGUUUCUUGUUUUUAGCACAAUCAUUCUUGUUUUCCACAACUUAUAACCUAUAUAAUCAGGCAUAAGAGUCACGAAAUAAAUCAUUCAUUUUCCCCUUUAUUUGAGUUUAUCUCUUUGUUCUUUUCUUAGAACGCUUUUUGUUUCUUAGUGAGGUUAUCUCCGAGCAAACAAAUCUUUCUUUUGUUGGACUUGUGAGUCACAUCAAGCAACGAUCGAAAUCUGGUAGUAUCAAGAGACUUUCCACCCCUCUUGUGCCACCAUUCAAUCCAUCAGUUCUCAUUCAAACCGUCUGAGUUCAUAUCCAAGUUCGACUGAGUGAUCAUUCCAUAAUUUGGGUGUAACAGACUCCAUGUGGCCUGAGGGGUAUGCCUUUCCUCAGUGGAUCAGUUGACAUUGUGCAUAUCCAGUGCCAUGGGUAGGGCGACUUGCUUAUGGUAUUGUUGCCUUGUUAUAGCUUGGCAGGUCAUGGUGCUUCUACUAGUUUCAACAAGCUGUGGCCGUUCUAUGCCCAAUUUUUCUGCAUCUCUGUUCAAGGGUGAGUGUGGCUUCCUCAGACUUGCUUUUUCUUGACUGGUUCCUGACGUCUUAGAAGAUUGUACAAGUGGUUCUGGAGCAAUUUUAUGAGGUUUAUGUUGUAUAUCCAUUCUUCUACUACAUUUUGCGUGUUAAAAGCCGGUGACGGUUACAAGAAUCGAAGCGUUCAUCGAGAGCUAGCCAUUCCGAAAACAAUAUAGGGUCCGACUGGUGACCAUUCUGGAAACAAGAGGAACGAAUAGGAAAGGAAUGUAGAAGAAUAUAAUCGCAGGAAUGAAAGGUAAUGGUUGUUCCAUCCCAUAUUUAACAAGGAAUCAAUUUGUUCUUUAUUUCUCUACAAAAAAAAAGAAUGGUAGGGAAUGAGAAGGAAAAAAAUUUCCUUAUGAAUGGUGAUUUUUGUAAGGAAUGUUAGGAAAUACAUUUGUUCCUCGUCGUUCCUUGGUCACCAUUCAUACCCAUAAUGAUUUUCAGCAUCCGAGUAAAAGAGGUGAACCUCAUGUCGUGGUGGUCAUCGCUGAGGGUUGAGAACGAUAGUCAAUUUCUAAGAAGUUUAAAAUUGGAUUAACGUGCCGAGUUUAGGCGAAGCCAGUUUAGUCAUAAAAUGACUUGAAAUUUUUUUGUUCAGGUCGAUCUUGUAACCGAAACCGAAUUCCCAGGUUGAUUUUAAUAUAAUUUCUAUAAAAAAAACAUGUGAUUGUCCUCUCUCGGCUUUUUAAAGCACACAAUACUUCAUAUGUAUAUUAAAUUUACGAUACACUUGAAUUAGUACUUUUUUUUUUGAUAAUCCAGGUAUCUGGACCUCUCACUGACUAUUCUACUGCGUCCAACUGGAACUGGCGAGGAAGGUCCUGUAGGCCAAACGGAAACCAUGUUAAAUCCGCUGUGGCCGGGACUCGAACUCGUGAUGACGGGCACCUUAACCGAGGUUCGUUUACCACCAGAUCACGAGGCCCGGUUACUUGAAUUAGUACUUAUAUCAUCGAUUUGCAUCUUCGUCUUAUAUUUGUUAAAGGAUGUGCGUCUUCUAUUGCUUUAUCGAUAGUUAUGGAGUAUCGCAAUGGCCUUGCAUACUUAUAUCCCAUUACAUGCCCUAAUAUAUGUGGUUAUAAUUAGCUGGCAGUUUAAGCAGAUUUGGACCAUUCCGUAAUUGGCUCCAACCUCUUAAAAUAGGGUUUUUAUUUAGACUUUUGGGUUAAAUCAAACUAGUCCCUCUCACAUAUAGGCACGCCAAAAGCUCUCACAUGUGUGUUUUACAUUCAAUAUCGAAAACUUUUUGACCGGAAUUUCUUUUCGUAUAAAAACGACAACUAGUGUUUCUCGUAGUGGAUGAUUGAUUUAAUAUCAUAGCCUUUGUUUAAACCUAUUUUAUUGGAUUAUAAUUACAAGAUAAACAUGCUUACAUUUACAUGCAUGCACAAACCUCGUCUAGUUUCAUCUUUAUCACAUUAAAACUCGAAAAGAAAAAUGAAAACCCCAAUGUUAAAAAACAAAAGAAACCUUGGAACUCAUCCGACAGUGUCAGUAAUUGUUAGGAAUUUUGGGAAUAAUUCAUAUUUUACUUUGGCAUAUUUUAUGUUUUGGUAAGAAAAAAUAUGAAUAAAUUAGUAAAAGACACAAAAGAAGAAGAAAGGAGAUGAGCUGGGAAGCACGUGUGAAGGAGAGAGAAGCACGUGCAACAAAGACAGUGCAGGGUUGACUGGAGACCGUAGGGUCGCGAGAAGUGGGAGACGCACAGUCUCCUUCACACGCCUUUUACGACACCGUUUCUCAUUUAUCACAAAACUACAAAUACUCCUCAUUUGAAAUGAGUGAAUAAAUUCAGUGUAGUUUAUAGUUAGAAAAGGAUAUACCGAAAAGAAAUACUAUAGAAUAAAAGAAAUAUCAAUAAUGGUCCAACCUCUUGUGUAAUUGUUGCGUACCUAUAGCUUGGGACCAAGCUGGACCCAGUUUUAAACGUUCAUGUCCUCGCUGUUCAUUAAGAUUCUUUGACCUUUGUGACUCAUCCAAGUCUCCAGUUAACCAAUAAAAUAAAAUCGUUUUGUAAUGUUUGGAUUUAAUUAACAUAAUGUUACAUAAUGCUUGACAUAAUUUGUAAAUUAAUCAAUACAAUCAAUCGUAUUUGUAAUUUUUGGAAUUAUUUGGCGGAAUUUCAUACUGCUUGGCAUGAUUGGUGACCCUAAUGACUUUAUUUAAUUUUCUUCAUUUCCCCUUUGUCUUAUGAAAAAAUUAUUCAAUCAUUCUGCCAUUUUUGUAGCUCAAUUGACUAAAAUUUUGUUUGUGUAAAAUGAGUUGGUUAAUUAUUUGGUUAUAAAAAUGACAAAAACCAUACAAACGUCGUGGGAGCUCUACUAGUGUCAGUCCAUAUCCUCCCCACUUAUUCGAUUGGUGUAUACCAUGUAAUUUAUUAGGAGUUUGAUUAGUCAAUUAACGUUAGUUAUGCAAACAAUGGUAUGCAAACGGCAGUACUUUGUUUUUUUUUGUUUCAUAUUCAUUCAGAUCGUUUUAUUGUUGUUGCAUAUUUACAUGUUACAGCCUGAACAUCAAGGAUCUAUAUUUUACAUUAAAGGACUCGUCACAACUCACAACCAAGCAUCUAUUUUCCUAUAGAAGAAAAAAACAACUUGGCAUGAUACUCGAAUGCAUAUUAUUUAAAUGGACCCAGUCCGUUUAUAGAUCAUGUAUAACUCUAAACUAAAAGAAGUAAAUGUCAUUGUGAAAAUCAUGAAUCUUAGAUUAUAUGCGCAUUCAUAAUUUUAUAAAAACAUAUAAUCGUUUAUAUGUGUAAGACAAUAUUUCGGUUUCAGUAAUUUUCUUUAAUCAGGAGAUGUAGUUAAAUUUGUUAUAUAUUUUUAACUACUUUCUGUUUGCUUUUUCCUUUUAUCGCAAGAGAGACGGAGAAAGGCAAAAUACAAUAAUCACGAACUUCUUUAGUUGUUCCCAUGCAACCAAGCCAAAUGACAGGCAGAUACUGUUCUUCUCCUCUUCACUCAGUUUAGUUUAGUUUAAAUAAAUUAAUAUUUUUUAAAAAAUAUAAUAAAAAUACAAAACAAAAUAAAUAGAAAGAAAACAGACAAUAAUACGGUCUAAGUCCAUGGAUCUUAUCCCUCAUCCCAAAUUUAUUUGAUUUCGAUAUUAUUGUCUAAGAAUAUUUGUCUUCAUUCGAUAACUUAUUUAUCUCAAAGGAUUCUGCAAAUUCUUGUACUUGCCGACAUUACAAUUGUGCAGAAGCAAAUUAAAGUUCCAACACAAUUUACUGUCUGGAUUUUUGUUCCUAUUACAAUUAUUUAUCAUGCAUAUUGUACGAACCAAUCAUAGAUGUGUAUGUAUAUAUGUAUAUAUAUAUAUACGUAUUUGUUCAGGCUUAUCUUGAUUAGCUUCUAAUUAGUCUACAAUGUUGUUUUAAGCUAUUGUUUAUUUGUUAUAAUGCAGUGACUAGUUCUAGUUAAUUGAAAAAAUCUAAUUAGAUGUCAAUAUUGUCAAAGUCUAGACAAAAGUAACUUUUGAAUUCUUAAUUAAGACCUAAAGAUUGACCUAUCAGAAAAUUUACUGUUUAGCAAGAGAAACAGAAACUGUAAGAACUGAAAACAGGAUAAUAAGAGCAUCAUUAACGCAAGCUCUUAGUGGAGUGCUUAAAGAUUUUUGUAUUUAAAAAAAAAUGAAAAUGAAGUAAUUAUUGAAACACACGGCGCUUAAUUAAGCUUCAGAAGAAGCGAAGCUUAGGAGACACGUGUUGCACCAUGGGUUAUCCGCGUCUCUUUCUCUCUCACUCAUGAGGAAACAAAACCGUCUCGUGUUCUCUCUCGACGACUCCGCCUUCGGGUUCUCUCCCUCGACGAAAUCGAGAAUCGCCGGUGCUCCCCCGUCGUGAUCUCUCUCGACGCCUCCGUGAUCUCUCCUCGACGCUUCCGUGAUCUCUCCUCGCGACGCCUCCGUAAUCUCUCUUGACGCCUUCGUGAUCUCUCCUCGACGCCUCCGUGAGCUAUCGUCGCGAUCUCUCUGCGAUGCCUCAGUGAUCUCUCCUCGUGAUCUAUCCUCAACGCCUCCGACAUGCAUCCGACUCCGCCUCCGUGAUCUCUCCUCCUGAUCCCUCCUCGAAGGUUCUCUCUCCUCGACGAAUCAGUGGAAGAUGAUCUCUGUUCGUGUCUUUCGCUCCUCGACGACUCCGCGGUGAAUCUUUCGGCGACUCUCUGUGUCGAUCUCCUCCAACUCUCUCUCUCGACGGCUCACCUCGAUGAAGAAUCACCUCGCAUCUCUCUCAGGUCCGGACCUCUCCUCGCCAUAUCUUUCCUCUCUCUCAGGCCCGAAGCUCUUAUCGACGAAAGGUAAAGUUAAUAAUUUUUCCUUUCAUGUCUGAAGCGUUUGUUAUUUUGAUUAGUCUGCGUUUGAGUCUUUGUUUAUAUUGCUCGGUUUUACUUAGGUUCAUAUAGGAAUGAUUGAAUUGAUAUGUUGUAGCUUCUGUUCUUGUCUGAAAUGAUAUAAUUUAGCAUCUGCUUUGGAAUUUGAUCUCAAUUGUUUAAGAGUUCAAUUAUAUGAUAUAGUAUCUGGUCUGAGUUGAAUCGUGUAUCAUGUUCGGUUAAUCAUUUUUGUUUUGUUU